AUGGCAAUAAUGUGCGGCUUCAAGCCCGAUAUCUGCUUCGAGCCUCCUCGCAGCAUCCUCAACAGCGAUCUUUCCAAGAUCAACCGUGCUGUCUGCAUGCUGUCCGACACCACUGCCAUGGCAGAGGCCUGGUCUGCUCUGUCCACCAAGUUCAAUCUCAUGCACUCCAAGCGUGCCUUCGUUCACUGGCAGCUUGACGAGGGUACCAUCGCAAUCACCGUCACCGUCACCGUCACCAUCAUCAUCACCGACGAUUCCAACCUCACCGUCAAGACCAGAUUCGAUGGCGUCUCCUCACGGGCCGCAAAACGGCCAGAACGGUAUGACUCAUCUCUCAACAAGUUCAAGGACACCACAAGUGUAGCCAUUGGCCAGGUCAGCGGCAAAGUUAAAGCGUUACGAACCAAGGCCGCAGAUGCCCACACCUCUCUCGUCGAAGCCCAGACCAAAGCGGAGGAGGCAAGGACAACCGCCCCGACAAUAUUCGCAGUGUCAGGUGUCGGUGCUCGCCAGGCCUUGGAAGAUGGUCUUGCCACUGCGAUCGCUCAAUACGAGAAUGCCGAGAAGAAGCUGCAGGCCUACUCGAAGCUGUUUUACGCAGGAGAUAUGAACGAGGUCGACAAGGCAUACCGCGAGAGCCUCGCCGUUGCAUGCGCAACUGCAGAGACAAGCGUUGAGACAGCCAGAUGCACGCUUCGCACUGCCGGCCAAGCUCAUGACGAGAGAAAAAAACAGCUGGGUGCUCUGGAAAAUGCUGUUCGUCACGCAACGGCGACAGAGGAUACCUCGUCGAGGAGCUCCAGAGAGCCGAGAUAA